AUGCUUCAGAAAACGGGCAAGAUGAAGCAUCGGAUACAGCAAUGGAUAGUGAAGCGCAGUCGUCAUCACCUCCCUUGGCAAAGGGAAAGGACCAGCCGGGUGGAUAUGAAGAAAAAGUGAAAACAGACCGGACCAACAGAUUCGAGUACCUCCUGAAGCAAACUGAAUUGUUUGCUCAUUUCAUCCAACCAGCUGCCCAGAAGACCCCAACUUCACCUCUAAAGAUGAAGCCUGGCCGCCCUCGCAUAAAACAAGACGAGAAGCAGAACCUGCUCUCUGCUGGAGAUAACCGCCACCGUCGGACUGAGCAGGAGGAGGACGAGGAGCUGCUGAGUGAAAGCAGCAAGGCCACUAGCGUUUGCACACGUUUUGACGAUUCGCCUUCCUAUGUGAAAAAUGGCAAACUGAGAGACUACCAAGUCCGUGGACUGAACUGGCUCAUUUCCCUCUAUGAGAACGGAAUCAACGGGAUCCUUGCUGAUGAAAUGGGUCUUGGUAAGACUCUACAGACCAUCUCUCUGCUGGGCUACAUGAAGCAUUAUAGAAACAUUCCUGGACCUCACAUGGUUCUGGUGCCCAAAUCCACCCUGUAUAACUGGAUGAACGAGUUCAAGCGUUGGGUUCCCUCUCUACGAGCGGUCUGCCUCAUCGGGGACAGGGAUGAAAGAACGGCUUUUGUGCGUGACACGCUGCUGCCAGGCGAGUGGGAUGUGUGCGUGACUUCCUAUGAGAUGGUUAUUAUCGAGAGGGCCGUCUUCAAAAAGUUCAACUGGAGAUACCUGGUCAUUGAUGAGGCUCACCGUAUCAAGAAUGAGAAAUCAAAGCUUUCAGAGAUUGUGAGAGAGUUCAAGACCACAAAUCGAUUGCUGCUGACUGGAACCCCACUACAGAACAACCUUCACGAGCUUUGGGCACUGCUGAACUUCCUGCUGCCUGACGUCUUCAACUCCUCAGAGGAUUUUGAUUCCUGGUUUGACACCAAUAACUGUCUGGGAGACACAGAACUGGUGGAACGUCUACAUACUGUACUCCGUCCAUUCCUGCUGAGGCGUAUCAAAGCCGAUGUGGAGAAGUCUCUCCUCCCCAAAAAGGAAAUCAAGAUGUAUAUUGGACUCAGCAAGAUGCAGAGAGAAUGGUACACCAAGAUUUUGAUGAAGGACAUUGACAUUCUGAACUCUGCUGGGAAGAUGGAUAAAAUGCGUCUGUUGAACGUACUGAUGCAGCUCAGGAAGUGCUGCAACCACCCCUACUUGUUUGAUGGAGCGGAGCCUGGCCCACCCUACACCACUGACCUCCACCUGGUGGUCAACGGUGGAAAGAUGGUGGUACUGGACAAGCUGCUGCCGAAGCUCAAAGAGCAAGGUUCCCGUGUGCUGAUCUUCAGUCAGAUGACCAGGGUGCUGGACAUUCUGGAGGAUUAUUGUAUGUGGCGCAACUUCGGUUACUGCCGUCUAGACGGACAGACUCCUCAUGAGGAGCGACAGAUCUCCAUCAACACCUUCAAUGAGCCCAACAGCUCGAAGUUUCUGUUCAUGUUGAGCACCAGAGCAGGAGGUCUCGGUAUCAAUCUGGCCACUGCUGACGUCGUCAUCAUCUACGACUCGGACUGGAAUCCUCAAGUGGAUCUUCAGGCUAUGGAUCGUGCCCACAGGAUUGGUCAAAAGAAACAGGUGCGCGUGUUUCGUUUUAUCACAGAAAAUACAGUGGAGGAAAGAAUUGUGGAACGUGCAGAAAUGAAGCUCCGCUUGGACUCUAUUGUCAUACAACAAGGCAGGCUGGUCGAUCCAAACACGAGCAAACUGGGCAAAGACGAGAUGCUGUCCAUCAUUCGACAUGGUGCCACUCAUGUGUUUGCCUCUAAGGAGAGCGAGAUUACCGAUGAAGACAUUGAUGCCAUCUUGGAGAGAGGAAAGAAGAAGACAAUGGAGAUGAAGGAGAAGUUGGCCAAUCUUGGAGAAAGCUCACUGAGGAACUUCACCAUGGACACAGAGAACAGCGUGUACAACUUUGAGGGUGAAGAUUACAGAGAAAAGAAAAAGGUAAUGCAUUACAAAUGGCAAUGAGUACUUGUCAUUAUAGCGUUGGGUUGAAAAUGAUAGACUGAUCUGAACUCCCCUUCUCCUCAGGUCAUCACUAACUGGAUUGAGCCGCCCAAGAGAGAGCGCAAGGCCAACUACGCUGUGGAUGCUUACUUCAGAGAGGCCCUGCGUGUCAGUGAGCCCAAAGCACCAAAGGCUCCCCGUCCUCCCAAACAGCCCAAUGUUCAAGACUUCCAGUUCUUUCCCCCUCGGCUUUUUGAGCUGCUGGAGAAAGAGAUCCUGUAUUACAGAAAGACUAUUGGCUACAAGGUGCCAAGAAACCCCGAUCUGCCCAACUCGGCCCAAAUGCAGAAAGAGGAACAGGCCAAGAUCGAUGAAGCUGAACCUCUUAAUGAGGAAGAGCUGGAGGAGAAGGAGAACCUCCUCUCACAGGGCUUUACUAUCUGGACCAAGCGUGACUUCAAUCAGUUCAUCAAGGCCAAUGAGAAGUGGGGAAGAGAUGACAUCGAGAAUAUCGCCCGUGAGGUCGAGGGCAAAACCCCGGAGGAGGUCAUGGAAUAUUCUGCUGUGUUCUGGGAGCGCUGCAAUGAGCUGCAGGACAUUGAGAAGAUCAUGGCUCAGAUCGAGAGAGGAGAGGCCCGAAUCCAGAGGAGAAUCAGCAUCAAGAAAGCACUGGACUCUAAAAUUGGCCGUUAUAAGGCGCCGUUCCAUCAGCUCAGGAUCUCGUACGGCACAAACAAAGGCAAGAACUACACCGAGGAGGAGGAUCGAUUUCUCAUCUGCAUGCUGCACAAACUGGGCUUUGACAAGGAGAGCGUUUAUGAUGAGCUGCGCCAGUGCAUACGCAACUCGCCCCAGUUCCGCUUUGACUGGUUCCUCAAGUCCCGCACUGCCAUGGAGCUUCAGAGGAGAUGUAACACACUGAUCACGCUCAUCGAGCGGGAGAACAUGGAGCUGGAAGAGCGAGAGAAAGCGGAGAAGAAGAAGAGGGGCCCUCGCACAUCUUCGGCCCAGAAACGCAAGCAAGACGGGACCCCAGAUGGACGCAGCCGCAAGAAGAAGCUCAAAUUGUGAUCGGCGUCACGCCUGACUUGGCGAGGACCUUCAGUUCAGCGAUUCUUGCGUUUGUCGUUACGGGUCCCACUCAUGUACUGUAUGGAUUUGCAGCACUGAACCUCGCCUCCAAGUAGCUUGACCUCUUUAACAAGGUGUAGAGUUGUAAAUUAGAUCUCUCUCUUUUAGCUAUAUAAAGUGCUACGGCUGUGCUGUCAGUUCUGUUUUGUAUUUAUGCCAACUUUUUUUUUUGUUUUUUUUUGUACCACAUUCCAUUUGGCUUGUAUCAGUUUGAUUUGCCGUCUUUCCCUCAUUAUUAGCAUCUUCAGUAUCAUCUCUGUAUCCUCAGUUGAAUAGUCAAUUGGAACGUGACUAAUAAAUGUUGUUUUUAUAAA